AUGUUUAUAAUUAUUAUUUUUUUUGAAAUGUUUAUAAGGUUUAAUAAAUUUUUAAAACUUAAAGUGUCAUUUUAUUCUUUAUUAUUAUUAUUAUUGUUCAUUAUAUAUAUAUUUUUUUUUUGUUCCCCUUGCUACGCUUAUAACUUUUCAAAGGUAAAGCAGACAUUUUUAUGGCCAUACUCUCCCCCCAAAAUAAAAAGAGGAAACCAUUUAAAAUCUUCACAAAUCUCAGAAAAAUGCCCAUGUAACAAUGUUAAAAAGAAUUAUGACGUUAUCGUCAUAGGAGGAGGACACAGCGGGUGUGAAGCCAGCUAUAUUAGCGCAAAAUCAAAUGCAAUGACUUUACUAGUAACUCAAAAUAAAGAAACAAUCGGUGAAAUGUCAUGCAACCCUUCUAUCGGUGGUAUAGGGAAAGGUAUACUUGUUAAAGAAAUUGAUGCGUUAGGUGGAUUAAUGGGUAAAGUCAUUGAUAAAAGUGGUAUACACUUCAAAAUAUUAAAUAUGAAGAAAGGUCUAGCCGUAAGAGGACACAGAGCACAAGCAGAUAGAGAUUUAUAUAAUUAUUAUAUGAAAGAAUAUUUAUAUAAUACACCGAAUUUAGAUAUCUUGGAAAAUUCAGUUCAAUCUUUAUUAAUAGAUACAUAUGAAGAUAAAAAUAAUAAUAAUGAUAAUAUUAAUGAUUAUAAUAAUAAUGUAAAAAAAAAAAAAAUUUAUGGAAUUAAAAAUAAAUGUUCUUGUGAAAUAUAUUCACAUAAUGUAAUUUUAACUACCGGUACCUUUUUAGGUGGUAUAUGUCAUAUAGGUAAAGACAAAUAUAUAGGAGGUCGAAUUAAAAGGCUAAUUAAUAAUUUUGACUUAAAAAUGAAAAAAGGAAAUAUAGAAAGUAUUAAAACAAAUGAUGAACCUAUUAUAAAACAAGAUAAACUAAAGAAGAUUAAUCAAAAUGGUGAAUCUACAAUAAAUAAUAUGCAUAAUAAUUAUAAUGAAGAUAAUAAAAAAUAUAUAAAUUAUGAAGAAAACCUUAAUAUACCAUUUGAAAAAUUAAUUGAAUCAUCUACGAAAAAUAUUGCACAACAAUUAAGAGAAAAUAAUUUUGAAAUAAAAAGAAUGAAAACUGGAACACCUCCAAGAUUAGAUAUUAAUAGUAUUAAUUUUCAUGUGUUAGAAAGAGAAGAUACUGAAAAGGAUUAUCCAUUCUAUUUUUCUUUUUUAAAUAUGAAUAAAAUAAAUAAUAACAAGACUUUGCCUUGUUAUAAAACAUAUACAAAUCUAAAAACACAUGAACUGGUUCGAAAUAAUUUAGCACAAUUACCAGAUUAUGAUUCAUUUGAUAAAUUUGGUAAUGGACCUCGAUAUUGCCCUUCAAUAGCAAAAAAGGUUAUGAAAUUCAGUGAAAAAAAAAAACAUAUCAUAUGGAUAGAACCAGAAGGGUUUAAUAAUAAAUUAAUUUAUCCGAAUGGUUUAAGUUCUGCUUAUCCAAUACAUAUUCAAAAAGAUAUUAUAAAUUCAAUAAAAGGAUUAGAAAAUGCACAGAUCGUUUUUCCUGCCUAUGAUGUUGAAUAUUAUUAUGUUAAUCCUAAAUGUUUAAAUUAUACCUUAGAAACAAAAAAUGUUAAAGGUCUAUUUCUAGCAGGACAAAUCUGUGGUACUACAGGAUAUGAAGAAGCAGCUUGUCAAGGAAUUGUUGCAGGAAUAAAUGCAGCUCUAAAUUCUAAAAAGGAUAAUAAUAAAUACAAUAAUAAUAAUAAUAAUGAAAAUAAUAAUAAUCACAAUAUUAAUAAUGAUGAGGUCAAUAAGUUUAUUCUUAAAAGAAAUGAAAGUUAUAUAGGUGUUUUAAUUCAUGAUUUAAUUAAUAAAGGUAUUACAGAACCUUAUAGAAUGUUUACCUCAAGAGCUGAAUAUAGAUUAUUUCUUAGACCCGAUAAUUGUGAUAUUAGGCUAACACCUAAAGCUAAUCAAUUAGGUAUAGUAUCAAAGGAACGCAUUUAUAUGUUAAGACAAAAAUAUAGUUCUGUAAAUAAAUUUAUUUAUGUUUUUAAGAAAAUACUAAUAAAUGAAGAUAAUCCAAAUUCCACAUAUGAAAAUAUGAACAAAUCUAAUACAUAUAUUAAUGAAACGAAAGAAAUAAAAAAGAAUAUAAAACACAAUGUAAAUCAAGAACUACAACAUAUAGACAAAUUAAAUCCUAAUAAUUUAAUAUAUAGUAAAAAUGAUAAUAAUCAUAUUAAUACUAUAGAAACUAAUAUAAGGGAAAAACAAUUUGAAGCAUCUAAUAAUUAUAACAAACAAAAUGAUGAACUUUUACAGACAUAUAAUCAUAUAGAUAAUGAAAAAAAUAUUUUAAAAAAGGAAAAUAAAUUAUCUCUUAAUACAAAACUAUUUAAUUCUAAAAAUAACAGUAAUAUAAAUUACACACAUCAUGAUAAUAAAAAUAUUAAAUCUUUAUAUAAUAUAUUAAAAAGUGGAGUGGAAUAUCCAUUAAAUGAUUUACUACAUGGAAUAAAAAAUUUACAUAAUCAAGAACAAUUUAAAAAUUAUUUAUCAAAGCAUAUAUACUCAUUAGAUAUAUAUAAAGACAUCUAUACUCGUGAUCCAUCCUUUUUUAAUUCGGACGAUGUAUUAAUAAAUAUAGCAACAUUAGAAACAGCCUGUGCAGAGAUCAAAUAUUCUUCUUAUUUGAAAAAGCAGUUUCAAGAAAUAAGAAAAAUUAACGACAACUUUGAUUUAGUUAUUCCUAGAGAUUUAAAAUAUGACAGGAAUAAUUUCCCAUACCUAUCAAACGAAGAAAUUGAAAAACUGAAUAAAUUUAAACCCCAAACCUUAUUUGAAGCCAAUAAAAUUGAAGGAGUAACCAUGAGCGCUGUUAAUUAUUUGUACUACCAUAUUAAAUAUGAAAGAAGGAAAGAAAACAAAAGUUAA